GCAGCGCGCCCGUACGGUUGGUGGUGAUCGUGAGGGCGACGCGGGCGGUGCGAGCCUCCACGAUGGGCGAGGGCGGCUGGUGCUGGUGGUGGCGGAGCGGCGGAGGGCGGCGAGGGGGCCAGAGGAGACAGAAGGCCGGCGGGCGGCAGGUGGGCGUGCUGCCCCUGCUGGCCGUGGCGCUGGUGCUGGGGGCGUCGCGCUUCCCCCCGGCGUGCCUGGCCGACUCCGACGACGGCGACGGCACCAACGGCAACGCCAUCUCCAACUUCCGCGGCCGCAACAUGGACACGGACUACGACGUGUCCUACCGGUCCAUGGCCAAGGACUCGCUCAACGUGGGCUUCAUCAUGCCCAUCACGAGGCUCCGGCUGAGGAAGUACCAGGGCAAGAUCCGCGCCGGCCUCAAGCAGUUCAACGACGAGCUCGGGAAGUACCGCUUCAGCUACACCGAGUUCAUCCAGAGGCAGUUCCAGAUCAACCCCUCGCCGACCAAGAUCCUGGACGCCCUUUGCAAGAGCUUCCUGCCGAUGAACGUGUCCGCCAUUAUCUACACGACCACGGACGAGAGCUUCGGGCGCAACACCGCGUCGGCCCAGUACUUCCUGCAGCUGGCCGGGUACCUGGGCAUCCCCGUCAUCGCCUGGAACGCGGAUAAUUCGGGACUGGAACAGAGUAAUUCACUUGUUAAUAAUUGUCGUUUAAGGGUAUUAGAAAUCACUGAAGAAUAUGGUGGAGUAUGGGAUCGUGUACUUGGGGUAUUCGGAAUCACUGAAGAAUGUGGUGGAAUUUGGGAUCGUGUACUUGGGUAA